AAUAACGGGCGAUGCUGAUUGUGUAAGUGUCUUGUGUGGGGUCCUCACUCGUCUUGCGGUCUGUGAUGGCGAAGGACGCUGACAGGGAAAGGCUUGCAGUUAGGAGUUGCUGUGUCACAAUGGGGCGGGUGUGAGUGACGCCGCCGCUCACGCGCACUUACCGGCUAUCAGGUUUGCCGGAACAGGUGCGCUGACACUAUAGGGUGCGCGCGUCGUUGUCCGAGAUCGAAGUACGCCGAUGGGCUGCUGACACAAGCUGGGGGGGGAGCGGCUCUCUGAAGCAAUGAGGGUCGCUUCUUGCAUGAUCAACAAAGCUGAACGUUUACGAUAGUUUCGAAACCGAAGCCGGUCUGUGCGCGAUCGUAGCCUCCACCAUAAGCAGUCGGUGAUUAGGAGGAGGAGGAGUCAGCGUCGCCUACGUAGCCGGCUCCCGGAGCUGCUGUUGCCCGAGCAGUGGCGUGCAUGCACCCUCCGCAUCGGUCACACAGCCUACCUCCUAGUCCUGAGAGAAAGGGGAUGACGCGCUACAUCCAGACGGGAAAUCACAUUUUGUUCCUGUCAUUGUAAAGUUCUGACACAGACUGAUACAGAGAGAUCCAACCUCAGCCCCGGCUUCCUGACCCAGUUUGAGGAAGAUGAAGCUGGUGUCCUCUCUGAGCUGUAACCUCCUUUUCGUCCUGGUGGACAUAGUGGUUUCCACUGUCCUCUACAUCCGUGGGAACCAUCUGAUCACGUUUGCAGAGGACAUCUGGAACUUUGACAUUUUACGGUCUACGUUAGACCUGUGGGGGAUGCUGCUGGUCAGGGUCUCACUGCUCUUGGGGGCUUCGAUUGGGGUGUAUAAGAACCGGGAGGAUGGGCCCCAGAGGACGCAGGACCUAGGGACGCUGAACUCGCUGCUGUGCCUCGUGGUCAUGGCUUACGCUCUGGCCAAGCUGCUGAUGUUCUCGGAGCAGGACGGCAUGAUGUACGAGCCCUGGUUCCUCAGCCUGUUUAUCUGGACCUGUGUGGCGGCCAUGGGGACGGUGAUCAUGUGGCGCAUUCUCUCCAAGACGCCACGGGCCGAGACGGAAGAGGAGGACAGCGAAGACAUUGAAAGGCUGCUGGAUCAGGCAGCUGGGAACAGCUCGGAGGAGGAGGAGGAGGAGGAAUGUAGGAGAGCGAAGGUUUUGAAGGAGGGGCAGGCCACCCCCGGGGCCACGGUGGGCCGCCUCCUGUCCUACUGCCGGAAGGAUGCCGGUCUUCUGGGAGUCGCCCUCUUCUUCCUGCUCGUCUCUGCUGUGUGCGAGGCCUUCAUUCCCUAUUACACUGGCCAGGCCAUCGACAGCAUUGUCAUCCACAAGAGCAUGCAGUACUUCGCUCAACGUAUGCUCGCUCUCACCCUGCUGGCACUUGUCAGCUCGCUGGCUAUAGGGAUUCGAGGGGGUGUCUUCUCACUCAUCUUUGCCAGGCUAAACAUCCGCCUGCGUAAUCUUCUCUUCAGGUCACUAAUGCGUCAGGACAUUGGUUUUUUCGAUGCCAACCACACAGGUGACAUCAUCUCCCGGUUGACGUCGGACACCACACAAGUGAGCGACCUGAUCUCGGAGAACGUCAACCUGUUCCUGCGCAGUUUGGUCAAGGCGCUGGGCUUCUUAGUCUUCAUGUUUGGCAUGUCCUGGAAGCUGACUCUGGUCACCAUCAUGGGCUUCCCCUUCAUCGCUGUCAUUUCCCAACUCUACGGGGACUAUUACAAGAGGCUAACAAAGGAGGUGCAGAGUGCAUUGGCCCAGGCCAACAAGGUGGCCGAGGAGACCAUAUCGGCCAUGAAGACGGUUCGCAGCUUCGCCACCGAGGAGCUAGAGGCCGACACUUACUACCAGAAGCUACAGGAGAUGUUUGAGCUCAACAAGAAGCAGGCCCUCGCCUAUUCCUGCUUCAUGUGGUCCAGUUGUAUCUCGGAGCUAGCUCUGCAGGUGGGGAUCCUGGUCUACGGGGGCCAUCUGGUAGUGUCGGGUCAGAUGAGCGGGGGCACCCUCAUCUCCUUUGUCAUCUAUGAGCUGGAGCUGGGAGAGUGUUUGGAGAGCAUUGCCUCGGUCUACACGGGGUUGAUGCAGGGGGUCGGGGCAGCCGAGAAGGUCUUUGAGUACAUCAGCCGGGUCCCUGAAGUGCCGCAGGGUGGACAGGAGGCCCCAGACACCUGCAAAGGACUGGUGGAGUUCAAGAAUGUCACAUUUUCCUACCCGACACGCCCUGAAACUCCCAUAUUAAAGGACGUGUCCUUCGUGGUGCGACCGGGCCAGGUCACGGCCCUGGUGGGACCGUCAGGCAGCGGCAAGAGCUCCUGCAUCUGUCUUCUGGAGAAUUUCUACAGCCCCCAGCAGGGCCAAGUGCUGCUGGACGGACGGCCUGUGAGCUCCUACCAGCACGCCUACCUACAUUCCAAGGUAGCACUGGUGGGUCAGGAGCCUGUCCUGUUUGCCCGUUCUGUCCAGAAGAACAUAUCCUAUGGUCUGGGGGACUGUCCAAUAGAAAGUGUGGUACUGGCUGCCUCCAAAGCCAACGCGCACAACUUCAUCUGUGGGCUCUCCAGGGGCUACGAGACAGGUGUGGGCGAAAAAGGCACCCAGCUUUCGGGGGGGCAGAAGCAGAGAGUGGCCAUCGCCCGGGCCCUCAUACGGCGGCCCCACGUCCUCAUCCUGGACGAGGCCACCAGCGCCCUGGAUGCUGAGAGCGAGCACAUUGUCCAGCAAGCCCUGAGCAGCUCCAUGCAGAAGCGGACAGUUCUGCUGAUCGCACAUCGCCUGAGCACGGUGGAGAAGGCCAACAGCAUCAUCGUGGUGGACCAAGGCCGCGUGGCUGAGCAGGGCAGCCACAGGGAACUCAUGGCCCGGGGGGGGCUCUACUGUAAGCUGGUGCAGAGACAAGUCCUGGGCAUUGAGACGGGAGAUGAGCAGGUCUGUAGCCAGGAUACACCCCCGUGUCCAGAAGGGGGUGGCAGGCGGGCAGCCCGACGGGACAGCAGCGGCUCAGAGGACCUGCCCCGGUACUGAGACGACGGGCAGAACCGCUUUGGGUUCUCAAUUUGAUGCACUGUAUUAUACAGUAGAAUUUUUAUCAUAAUAUUUUACUGUAACAGAAGUCAAAGUAAUAUGUUAAUAAAAGUUAUACAGGGUGUCCAUAACGUCUCUUUACAAUUUCAAAAAUUUAUUGCAAAGGCAAGUGAAAAGACAGAUAUGUGGAAAUUAUUACAAAAUGAGACGUAUAUACUAAGUUUUUUUGCCUCAUUUAAUACACCUCUAUAUGGGCACCAUUAGUCGCACGAAGCACAUCAGGAUGUUACUUGAUUUCUUGCCAUGUUCGCUGUAACAUAACCCUCAUCAAUGGGGGCACUGGCAUCAGUGAUCCUCUGCUUUAUAUUAGUGAUGUCCCGCAACUUUGUUUGCAAUGUGAUUAAAAGCUUUGAUAACCACUGAGUACAUAGAACAAAUCUGAUUGAUAUCUAAUCAUUUGCCUUUGUAAUACAUUUUUGAAAUUGUAAAGAGACACCCUGUAUGUUACCCAUGUCGUAGAAAUUUAUGACAGUCAGUGCUUUGAAAUAUGACGUCGUUUAUUAUUGAGCUCAAGGGAACUACCACUUCGAUGGUAUCUCCGUAGUAAUGUUCCAAAGACUUUCUGGUCAACAACAUUUAUAGGGGAACAUUCACAGUUCGCGCCCCCUCCUCUGAACCAGAUCAAACUGGUUAGGUUAGGGUGUGCACUUUGUAACACAUAUGCCUUAUGCAAUUUGCAUCUUGCAAGCCUGUAUACAUCACGUGAUGGGCAUGUGAGGGGGCAUCUACGCUUAGGCAUGGCCUUUGUCUUUGUAGUGUUUUAAAAAUCUUUUAAAGUCUUUUAAAGACUGGAAUGAUGUAAUUUCACUGUAUAAACAGUGAUUUCAGUUACGUCUCAUGAUUGCUGUGUUAAUUGAUUUAUGCAAGGACUUUUCUGUACCUAUUACUAUUAUAUUAUUGUAUAUAUUUACACAUAGCUACUUAUUCAUAUGUCUUAUGGUUUUAUUUUUUUACAUUACACAUUUGCAUCCCUAGGCAGCAUUAUAGGGAUUUUUUAAAUUUAUCAUAGAUUAAUAUUUCAAUAUUGCUCAGUGGAUCUGACUAUUUUUGAUGCAUAUUGAAAUAACAAAAAUGUGAACAAUGUACAAAUAUACAACAUAUAAUUUAAAAUCAUGUUGGCUGGUUUUAAAUUCAUUUUUAUGUGUGUAUUUAGCAAACGAAAUGAACAUGAGCUGACUGCGUG